UCGCCAAUAUGGCAGACGACGAGGAGCAAGUUUCUUCUGAUGAUCAAGACCCAGAUUUGACAGAUUUUCAUUCUUAUGUGCCUAGAAAAAGUUACCGAUCGAUACCAGAUAGCUACAGUUACCGGCUGACCCACGACAUCAGCCUUGACAACUUUCAGAGCCAGGAUCUGUUUGACACACAGAAUGACCUGGGAACGCAGGGUGACUGGAGCUAUGCGACCGACAAUAAGCCUGCGAAAGCAGAGACAAAGCCCACCAAAGAAAGGCACGACUCCAAUGGCAGCACCGACAAGCUUCUGAAUGAGGACAUGAUCAAGCUGGACCUCUCAGACAGCAACGUCCUCUCAGAGCGGCUGAGCGGCGACGCUGCCACCACCACCCUCCUGAACAUCAUAGAGGCUGAGACUCUUCGACGAAACAGCCAAACAACCAUCAAGACCGAUGAUUCUGACAGUGGCAGAAAAGUUCUACGCCAGAAGAGAAAAACCAAGAGGAAAGGACGGAAGUUACCUCAGAUGCCACCAGCUAAACCAGGUAACCUUCAGAUGGAGCUGCUACAGGCCGACCGCCGCCCAGCCAACUCCACUAGCUCCGCCCGCUCCUCCACCCCGUCCCCGGACCACCCUGACGUCUCGCUCAGCUCCGUCCCACCCAGCCCCUCCGACGACAACACCUCGGCACUGCCGGACACGCCUGUGGAGCCCUACGCCCUGCGGCUGCCCCAGCCCCAGCCCCAGCGUCCCACCCGGCUGGAGUUCAACACCACCAGUGCCCACUACACGCCCUUCCUGACCAACACCAACAUGCUGCUGCAGGAGGACUCCAGUCCUGAGGAACGGCAGCGGAGACGGCUACGACUGAAGAUGGAGAACAUGAGCAAGGAAGAGCCGGGGGAUAAGUCCGGAGAUGAAGAAAAGUCAUGCUUUCAGCCAGCAAUGCUGGUCAUCAAUGGAGAAAUCAAACAGCAAACGCACAUCGCCGUCUUCCGUUUCCUGCCUCGGCACGAGGACGAGCUGCCACUGGAGGUCAGUGACCCCAUCUUUGUGGAGUUCAAGUGCGAGGACCUGUGGUAUGAGGGCAUUAACCUGAAGACAGGAGAGGAGGGCUGUUUCCCGAGCCGAUACGUGCGGGAUUUCACCGCUGAUACGGAGAGUAUACCCGGGUUCCGUGGCCGGAAAGUACAUAUAAACCGGUACAACGCCAAGUUUCUAGGCUCUGUAGAGGUAGCAUUUCACAAAGGCAACGACGUUUUAUGCCGUGCUAUGCAAAAGGUUGUGACAGCUAGAAGACUUACUGUAGAUAUCCACCCACCGACGCUGUGUGUCCUGGAGAUUAGCGAUAUAGGAGUCAAGAUGAUCGACAAGGCAAAACCACAGAAGGCCAAAGAGAAGAAAGACUCUGUCCUCAAGAAGGUCGAGAAGCUUCUGGGAUCCAAGCAGAACAAGGGUCACAACUACUUCUUCUCCCUCAAGAACAUCUCCUUCUGUGGCUACCACCCGUCAAGUAACAGGUAUUUUGCGUUUAUAACAAAGCACCCUUCAGAUGGCCGGUAUGCCUGUCAUGUCUUCGUCAUGGAGGAUGGCCUGUCAGCCAAGCCAGUGGCAGAGGCCAUGGGGGCUGCCUUCAGGAGGUUUUACUCAGAGUUCCUAGACUUCACCAAUCCCACUGAGGACAUCUACAUGGAGUAGGCUGGUCCUAAUGUAUGAUCCAGGCAAGACGUGUCUCCCUUUACGCAGAUAAGACCUAUCAAGCUUUAUACAGCAGGGUCCAAUUUCAUGGCCUUGUUAAGCACACGAUUUUACGCUUACAGAGGCUUGGUGUUCUUCAUGAAGUCUGUAAGCAGUAAGUGUGGCAAAAGACACACUUACCAUGGGGGACAAAGCUGCUUAACACAGUGACAGAACAGUGGAAACCUCUCUACUCAUGCACCUGUAAGUGCAACCACACCAAACAUUGCCAUGCAAUAUUGCCUACGGUAAGCAAACUUUCCUGCUAUAGUAAGCAUAAUUUUCCUGCUAACUAUUUCGCAGCGCCAUGAAAUAGGGCCCAGGUAGCAACUCCAGCUGAACUAUUUUAUGGCCUUGCUGAGCUAUCAAUUUUCUUUCAGGAAUAGAGGCAUCUUGCAGAGCUCGCUAGCGCAGCAAAGAGCAUGCUGACUUGCCCGACAGAAUUUGCUUGGAGUAGUUAUUGCGCAGUGUACAUUUGUGAGGGUGCCAGCUUAAGGAUCCAUAAGGCCUGAAUUGCCAGUCAGGCAGCCAGGUUUUGUUCACUAAGGUUUAAUUCAACCACAUGUGUGGUUUUUUGUUGCUGGAACGUUGCGUCAGUAGGUGUAAAUUUGAGGAUCAGGUUCUGCUCUUUGCCAGCCCGAUGUGUUGUGCACUAUAUUCAGUGCUUGUGGGAAAAAAUAUUCAUAGAGUUGCUCAGGUGGGACUCGAACCAGUGAUCCUCUGUUUCCAAGUUCAGCCCCAUUAAUAACCGGUCAACCACUGAGCUUGCUGUGGUUAGCUGGCUGGUUCAGAUGCAGUGUUGCAGUGGGUAUGGUCGUAUAUUGAUCGCUGUUGAGCUGGCAAAUGGUCAAAGUGAAAUGUUCAGCUUUGCUUGGUUGGAAAUUUCUUGCCACUUCAGAAGAUUUCAACAGGGUAAGUUCAGUGUUGGAAAUAGUCAAGAGAAAUCUAACAGAAGGCAAGUUUCUGUACCUACAAUCAAGAGUAUUUAUGUACUGUUCCAGGAUUUAGAUUAGUAAACGUCGAUUGAUCGGAGGGUCUUUUCUUGCUGCAUAAUGAAGUCUUUUAUGCUGCCAGCUGCUUAAAAAACUGUGUCUCCUCUUAAAAAUCAAAUAUGAAAUCAGCCACCAAGAACAAGUGAAAAUGUCAUGCAAUAAAAGUCUUUCUGGAAAGCCAACUUUCAUGUUCUGAAGACAAAUGCAGCAUACUUUUGAAAACGUGAAACAUCUCGGUGCCAACACUUCCUCACAAAGGAGAUUUUCCACUCGUACCCCCAUACAUAAUUCCCUGACUCGGUUGUUGGAAGUUUAUGGGUAUAAACUGACACUUGACAAGGUUCCAGGCUUAUGAUUCUAAGAUUUGAGCUCAGUAGACGUUUUUCAUGGUAGCCAUCUUGCGGUACAGGGUUUUUGUCCCACAGGGAACCCUCCUUUGUGCAUAUCCAGUGGAACAAAAUUACUGGCCUGCAAGAUGGCAACCAUGCAAACCCUCUAUAGUCCGUCACACCCCAGUACAUCCCCCUCCACUAUCCUUAUUGGAGCCCAUGGACACAGAAUUCUAUACAUAAUAUAUCAAACGGAGUGGCUUCCUGUUGGAAUAUUUGAACUGACAACAAUACUUUCACUGUUUAGAUUCCUAUUAAUGAACUUGAAUACGUGUGUAGUGUAGAUAACACACUCUUUAAAGAACGUGACUAUAGUGUAGAUAGUGUGUUGAGUAAAGAAUCAAUGUUAAAGGACCUACUAGUUGUCAGUCAAUUUGGAUUAAAAUUUGAGAAGUUUAUGCCAUCAGGUUUUCAUCAGGUCAGGGUAACCGUUACCUCCAUUGUCAGCGCACAUCUUUUCAAACAUUUCAGUAAACCUGUUUAACAGGAUCAACUAAUCGUCAAUUCAUGACAAGGGCGCAGCACUUAUGAGGUGUAAUUGUGUUUUCAGUUUCAUUCCAAAAAUCCAUCUCUCGGUUUUGAAGUUGCCUUCAAAACUUUGGGUGAGAGGAUUUGGAUUGGUUUUCCCACAGUGAACUAAGCAAAAGAUAGCCUGUGGUGUUUCUAUGAAGAAGAGCAUCAUUUUCAAACGUUGACAUUCCAUCCAUUCUUUGUGAUUCACUAGUCAGGAAUUUUUGGAAAUUGACUCGUAAAAAAAAACGUAAUUUCACGUCCACUUGGUAAAAACCCUCUGUGAAUAAUUAUAUAUAAAAUGUACAUGUAUCUUCAUUGUAAACUAACAGUGUAAAUCCAACGAUGUUUCUAUUCAGUGUAAAUAGGAGACCUAACAACUCAACUUUGCCAUCCUGAUCGGAUGCUAAGUUUGUUUUCAAAUUGCAGCUUAAAAGUUUUCUUCAUUACUUCAGUAUGAACAAAAUUCACUUAUUCAAUGAACUACAGUAAAAGCUCAAUUUUGGUUCAUGUUCCUGUUACAUUUUUUGUCACCUUGGGCUACUUUUUUUUCUGGAAUGCUUUUGUCACAAAGAAAUUAAAAUAGAAGAGGCUUGUUAAAAGUAUGAACAGUUGAUGCUACAACUCUGCAGCCAUAACUAAUGUGCGCCUGGCACGUCAAUUCAUUGCAAAGUCAGAUUUGUGUAGAAAUUGGGCACCGGUGACAUUCUGCCAGUUGGUUGCCGAAAGGCUUAAAAAGCCACCCAAGAUUUGUUUCUCGAUUUUAUUUCCACGUUAUUGAUCAGUGUAGAAUCAAAUUUUGAAAACUCACCUGAUUUUCCAAACUGAAGGAGCUUUGAACAAUACAGAGCAUUUACUUUGAAAGUCGACUUCAGGUGACCAUACUGUACAGUGUUGUGGUAUUACACAAUUAACAGGGCAAAUACAUGUACAUCUCAUGCACAAAGCUGAAUUAAAGUGUGUUUUUUCAUAUUUGCUUGGUUUUAAAAGGCAUUACCUUGCCAUCUUUAUGGUAAUUGUUCGAAAUCCAUUACCUGCUGCAGGGUAUUUUGUUUUUUUAUUCUCUGAUAUUUUGCAAAUAAUUUACUAAAUUUGUUUUCUAUGCAUGCAUAUGUUGUUUAUUUUCUGAAAUGUAGAAACUUUGUCUUUCAAACUAAAAAAGGUCUCUGAUAGUUUUAACAGUACAGGAAAACUUAUUUUUUGAUAGAUUCACCUAUUUUCUGCUUAAGUUUUCAUUCCAUUUAUCAAGUAUUUAGUUAAUUUAUCUGAUUUGUGUGCAGGAUAUAACUCCGCCCUAUUUUACCCCCCGUGUGUGAAUUCAUUUUAUUCAUGUAUUCAAACUCCGCCCUUUAUGUAUAUAAAAAACAUUCUUGUGUGCAGCUCAUUUAUUCAUGUUUUAUUCAUUAAUGAAUGAAUUAGUUUACUAAUAGUGAAAUACAGGGUAGUUUCAUCAGUGUACAUUUUCUUUGUUCAUUGUUGUUUUUUUAUAUUUUUUUUUCUCUGAUAACCUGGGAAACUGGAGAUUUUUUAGAAAAACCUUGAAUUGGAAAGACAAAAGAAAGGGAAAGUGUGAACACGAAGAUACAACAAUGACUUUCUUCAAAUUUAGAUUUCAUUCAAUUUGAAUGAAUUGAUGACUUUUAUCGACUGAAAUGUUCUCUUGGUUUUCAUUUUUUUUUUCAAGGGAAAGUGACUUUUUGUCAAGAUUCUAUAUGUAUUCUUUAUUUGAGAGGAAAAGUGACAAAUAGCUUGGCAAGCUUAUUUUUAACAAAUCUGUUAUAUUUUUAUCCUUUAGUAAGUUAACUGUGUGUGUUAUUUAUGCUUUUAGCAUCUAAAACCUUGAUAGUUGUGUGAGUAACUUUUAUUGAAUAGAAACAGGCAUGCUCGGAUGGAUUGUAGUAGAGAUGUGUACAGGAAAAGGCAGCUGUUGUAAAAUCUAAGCUUUGGUUUGGUAUUAUUUUCGACCAGACCUUGAUAGAUAUCACUCAGAACAAUGUUCAGAUUGUACAGUUACUCAAACAAAAUAAAACUUUAUUUCAAUCAAAUAUAAAUCUGAAGUCAUAUAUACACACAGUACAUAUUACUUUAAGUAUUUGAGCAGUACUUCAGAGAUCUGAGGGUGGCAUGUCAUUCUUUCAAAAUGUUUUGUCUCUAUAGUCAGAAUCUCAAGUAGGAAUUCAACGAUCUGGUCCAUAUAGUUUAUCUGCUAUUAACAAGUUUAUUGUUUUCAGAGAAUGUUAUGUUCUUUAAGAGAAAGGUGUCCCUACAACUCCACAAACAUUCUCUCAACUGCAACUUUGCGGUGGGUCAAAUCACUCCAGAACUCUGUGAUUUUCAAGCACAACACUUGACCAUGGCAGUUUAUUGCUUGCAUUCCAAUUUUCAGGAUGGAAUGAGGCACUGAUUAACAACUUAGACUUGGAAAAUGUAAUAAAUAUAUAUAGGAAGCAUUACUUGUA